CCCAUCCCACUCUCAAAGGAGCUGCACACACACUCUGGCAAACACACUUACCACACCGGCAGUCAGAGCACACACAGCUCCAUCCACCGGUUAUAAGACGAGAGCCACUUCCAGUUAAAGGACAUACAGCUCUGAGCUCCAGUAUGGAUGCACUGAAGAAAGGAUUCUCCAUGGCUAAGGAGGGAGUGGUGGCUGCUGCCGAGAAAACUAAGGCCGGGGUGGAGGAGGCAGCUGCCAAAACCAAAGAAGGGGUCAUGUAUGUAGGAGCAAAGACAAAGGAAGGUGUUGUGACAAGUGUAAACACAGUUGCCCAGAAAACGACUGAGCAGGCGAAUCUUGUGAGCGAUACCGCCGUGACUGGAGCCAAUCAGGUGUCAGAAAAGACAGUGGAGGGGCUGGAGAGUGUGGUUGCAUCCACUGGCCUUGUCAAACCGGGGGAGAUGUCGAAGCAGGAGGGAGUUGGAGAGCAGCCUACAGACGCUGCACAGUAGAGUGAUGGCGCACUGAACACCCCUGUGAUGCUCUGCUUCUUGCUUAAGAAGAGAGAGUUCAUUAGCUGCUGUGGGCCAUGGCUAAAUAUUAUCAUACUAAACCUCUGAUGGAUGCUAAAUAAUAUCCAACUUCACAAAAAACAAAACAAAAGACACCCACGUCUCUCGCUUGCUUUGUCCUCACAAACGACCUCUACUUACCUCAAUUUACCACUUUUCUUCAAGUAAACCUAUCCUAUUCACAAGAAAAAAAAAGCUCAUGUAACAACACUAUUAUUUAGCUAUGCAAUAUUCACAUAUACGGUGCAGUGCGUGCCAUCAAAUUUGUGCAAAUAUUACAUGCAUGUGCUUUGGACAUUUUUAUAUAGGCAACGUCUGUCUUUCUUACCUGCCCUAAAACCAGUUUUCCUCCACCCAAUGCAAUGAGGUCAGCUAGAUGAUUCUCACACAACCAGUGCGAGAAAAGUUUUAAAACAUUGCAGUCCAAACACAUAGUCAGUGUAGUAUUUGAGACAGUAUUUGAAACAAGGAGCAGAAAAAGACAGAAUCACAGAUAGGCAAAUCCAAAAAAAAAAGAGGGCAACUGAUGUUUUUAAAGCAUGAAGAUGGCUGGGUAAAUCGGUUUCAGUAUUAUCUUAAAGUGUGGUUAUAGAGUGAUGGGGUUUUAGUAAUGCUCUUAUAUGUAGUAUGCUAUAGCAGCCUUUAUAAGCAACUCACAAAAUCUGCGAAUGAUGUCAGAGCAGUUGCUUGGUUACAUGAUUUGUUUGUUGACCAUGCAUGCUGCCUCACGACCACACUUUAACCGAUCCUAUUCAUGUACUUGACUCAUUGUUCCCCAUGUCAUGAAGUCUGAAAACAGCACAUUUUUUAAAUAUACCAUCUGUAAUAAAUUCAGUUUUGUGAAAAAUAAA